UCAGUUUAUGCGGCUCUUCACUGAGCUCUGACAGACUUUGCUGUUUCCCUGACUGUGGAAAGAACUAUUGUCUCUGACAACUGUGAUAUAAAAUGUGCGGGUGUGAUUGCUGAAAGUUCAUUUGUAUCUCCAGACUUGUACAGGGAGUUAGUGCAGUCCUGUACUUCAGUAUCAAUGAAAGCCAAUUGGAGAUUGGGGCAAUUCUGUGUCAGUCAAGACAAUGUGUGGUGCAGCCGGCCUCUGAGUUACACCCGACCCCAACACUUGGUGCCUCGGGGCAAGUGCAGCCUUGCCCUCACCAAGUCCAAAGAGACCCGCCCCUACCUCAAGCUUCCACAGUUCAAGGAUCGUGCCAGUGAAAGGAUGGGAGACUCCCAGAAGCCGAUGACACUAAACCAAAAAUCGCCGGUUGACUCAGAAAGCUUGGCUAUGGGAAUAAUGAAGGAAGUGGCCCUGAAGUGGUUCGCUGAGACCCAGGCUGAACUCAUCCUGCAGAACGGCCGGUUACCCGAAUGGUUCCAUGGCUUCGUUAUGAGGAAAGAAGCAGAGAAUCUCCUGUGGAACAAAGGCGUUGGCCAGUUCCUCAUCCGCCUUAGUGACAGAGCCACCGGAUACAUAUUGUCCUACAAGGGAACCAAUCGUUGCCGCCACUUCGUUAUCCACCGGCUGAAGAAUGGAAGGUACAUGAUUGACGGCAGUAACCACAGCCACAAGGGCCUUGCAGCACUAAUUGAUUACUACAUGACAGAGGCCAUUCAGCCCUUCGGAGAGGUCCUCACUGAAGCCUGCAGUCAGUACGACAGGGGUGAUGUGUACGACCACAUCAGUUUCGACCCACCCAGCAGUUCAUGCUCGGAAGAAGCGGAGGUGAAAGAAGUAACGAUCAGAAGACCAGUUCACAGUCGCCCUCAGCCUCGGCAGCCGGAACCCCCCGGCGAGUGGCAGUGCGCGAGACCACCAGCCAUCCCUCCGAAGGCCUGCAAGGUGCCCACUGGCAAGAGGUUGGGAUCCGCGGACAACUUCUCCUCCAACCCUGAGGAUUCAGGCAGGAUGAACUUGGUGUUUGAGGAAGAGAGGCAACUGGAAGUCAAGUACGGGCAAGUUCAUAAACUCCGAUCUGUGAAACCACCAGCCAUGGAGUCGGCUGUGGAGCCCGUGGUCUGGAGAACUCACACAAGCUCGGUGUCAAGUGAGAAGGUGGAUGACAGGAAGGCUUGCCACAAGUGGGAACCGAACAGUGCAAUAUAUUCCCUGGCCAUGGAGUCUCAGCCAAUAUAUAAUGAGCCUUUCGAGCUGAUGACAAAUAGCUCUGCCACAGACGUUGUGUACACAGAGGUGGACGUGAAUCACUUGCGGUCUGACACUUCACCCUCUGCCAGUGACAACUACUUCACCACAAUCCCAGUGCCAUCUGAGCUCAACUGCCAGGCUUCGGAGGCCAAGUACUCGGGCUUGACCUCUGGCCCAUCGACUCCCCCUCGACUGUCACCUAAUUUAAACACCAGGGUGAAAUCGGUAUCUCCCACAAACUUCGCACCGAAGCCGGGGACGAGUCCAAACUUCCCGCCCAAUCUUCGACCGCUUCCUCAGCCUUGCGAAAGCAGUGAGCGGCUGCCUUCCAAAUCCUUUCUGAGGGGGAGAGAAACCCCGAGCUCGAUGGAGAAUAUGUACGAACAGGUUCCUGUGGCAAUCUCAAGGCGCAGUCAAACAAAGCCAGACAAGGAUGAAAUGCGUAAGAAGUGGUUCUCCGACUGGAAGUGCAAGUGACGGAAGGAGAGAAUUGUCCCUCUCAAAUGUUCAAGCUGCAAACCUGGAGCUGGUGGAGGAGUUGCCGAGGGGGCCACCUGAGAUUGAUUCCGUAACCCACUGGACUACUGGCACUGCCAAAUAUCUACUACACUGUUGAAAAUGGUCCACCAUUUUCCUGCACUGACACUAACCCCCGAUUUGUCCACUGCUUAGAAAUCAAAUUCUGACCCCAAUCCAUCAAAUAGCUGUAGAGUUUGCUAUAAGCUGUCAUUAGGAUGAAAGUGCUUCACUCACUGAUUGGAGAGUUACUGCUUUGCCUUUGUACUCUACUUGCCCUUCUGCAGCAGGGUAUCGAGCUGACAUUGGGACUGUCGUAAACAGGGCGACUGAACUUUGCGUGCAAGAGAUGCCCAUUUCACACCUCCCCCCAACGUCAGAAAGCUGUACAUAUUGGAGAGUUGUGAAAUAGACUAGUUACUCUCACCCCUUUUAGCCCAUGCUACGGUGUUGGAAUCACCCCCUUUUGCUUCUCUCCAGAGCCUCUGUGAAGCAAGGGGCAAGUGACCUGCUUUCAGGUUCCUACAAAGUUCACUACAGAGCCAGAUACAAUGAGGCUGUGGGCAGUCGGUCACUCUUAAACUCACCCAGGUGAGCGGUUAAGGGAGUGUCCUACGUACACCUACAUGUAUAUACAUGUGCAAUGAAUAGCUUAUGUGCAGCCUAAUCAUUGGCACAGAGCAUCGCGUAAGUGGGUCGCGCUGGCUGGAGACCAGAGACUCGCUCUGUGUGGGGUGGGUUGAACUUCUACGAGCUCAUCCUGGGUGGAUUAGACAGGGAAGUGAGUCAUCCUGCACCACAGACCAGUGUUACCUUUCGCUGAACUUGAAAACUGCUCGGGGACCUGAAAGAGCAGGGUGGGCUGGAUUUCCAGCGCUCCUACCCUCUGAUACUGUUUGGCACUCAACGGAGAAACAUGACCUUUAACAGAACUAUUUUCAUCUUCUAUCUUGGGAUCAGAUAGUAAAACAGCACACUGACUCAUGAGGGCCAGCCACACAAGAUGCAUCAGUGGAAACAAUGAUUUUGUUGAUAACUACACUGGCUGCUUGUUUGAAGUGAAAAACAUCCUUAAUCUCUUUUCAAAUGUUGCAUUUUAUAAUUCCUCCAGUUACAUUUUUGAUAUUUGAUUUAUUUCUUUGUGUGAGGGUUGAGAGCGUUUGAGAGGUCUGGAGAGUGUGAGAUGUGGAGGGCCGCGGUGAAGUUGCCACUCCUUUCCUUUGCUGUAGCAAUGGUGAACGAAGGUACUCGGUAAAAUGCUGAAAUUGCCAUUUUACUUACAUUAGAAGUCAUAGCUACUUGUUAUUGCUUCUCCAUCAUACCACAAUGUCAAUGUGGUCACAGAAUAGGCCACUCAGCCCUUCAAACUAACGCUGACGUUCUAGAUUGUAGCUAUUCUGUGCCAAUUCCAUCAGCUCACUCCAGUUCCUUAACCCAUUCCCUCGACCAAGAUAUUUUUCACUGUUGCUGAGAGGCGAAGAGUGUUCCAGGUUUCUGCUGCUUGAAGCAAGGUGCUAUAAACCAGCCCAUACAACCCACAGCUCCACUAUCAUCCUGGUUAUCUACCACAAAUACAAUAACGUUAUUUUAGUCUCUGUAGUACAGUCUACUCAUGCACACUACCAGCAGACUUUGUCAACACUGGGGCUGAGGCCCUCUCAGACAAGAUGCAAGCUUAGGGAUAAGAAUAAUAUUUGUACAAGCAGAUGUGAAACUGCAUUUUUAAUCAUUCUGUAAUUUGCUUUGUGUUCUUUCUCGUGUUUCAGUUAUUAUUGACUCAGACCAUGUACAGUUUCGAAAGUCACUUAAAUUAAGUUUUAUUUGUUACUGCAAUAAAAUUAUGACUUGA